CUCGUCCAAACGUUCAGGGUGGACGUUAUUUAGGAAACGAAUAUACAAUUGGCAGUACUAUCCGAAUCCUUUGUGACAACGGUUAUAAAGAAGUUGACGGCGUAAAAAGCGCAGUUUGUCUAACAAAUGGGUCAUGGAGUAACAAUUUGUCUUGUCACCCAUAUACUGUGACAAACAUUACACUAUCAACAACAUACAGUACCAAGAUAACGACGACAACAGAAACGGAACAAAUUACUACGCCAAUAAAUGCUAUAUCAAAUGCUGAUACGACACUUUCUAACCCAACAUCCUUUUUAACAGACAUGGUUUUGUCUUCUUUAACAUAUACACUGGUAUCUUUUGUUACAGAUACGCCAAUAACUACUGUAAUAGAGUUACAAGCAUCUACUGAAUUACAAUCACCAACAUCUGCUAUAAUAGGUACACAGGAAUCAAUUGCAACAAAUACAAUAAUACCUUCCAUAACAGCUGCACCAACGUCUAGUCCAACAAAAACAUCAACUUCUACUGUAGCAGCUACGUCAAUUUCUAGUUUGAGAGAUACACCGACAUCUACUGAAAACGUUACGUCAAGUGAAACAGAUACAGUAACAGUUACACCAACUUCUAGUUUAACGAAUACACCAACAUCAACUGUAACACUUACAUCGAAUUCUAGUGUGACGAGUACACCGGCAUCUACUGUAAAAGUUACACCACUUUCUAGUUCAACGAAUACACCGGACUUCACUAUAAUAGUUACAUCGACUUCUAGUGUAACAGAUUCACCGACAUCUACAAUAACAGUUACAACAACUUCUAGCGAAAGAAUCGCACCGACAUCUACGGAAACGAUUACACCAACAGCUUUUCUAACAAAUACACGGAAAUCUACUAGAACAGUUGCACCAACUUUUAUUGUAACUGAUACAUGGACACCUACUGUAACAGAUAUACCGGUACCUACUUUAACAGUUGCACCAACAUUUAGUGUAACAGUUCCAUCAACAUCUAGUGUAACAGCUACACUCACAUCUACUGUAACAGAAACACCGACAUCUACUGUUACAGAUACAUUGACAUCUACAAAAACAGUUGUAUCAGCAUCUAAUGUAACAGAUACACUAAAAUCUACAAGAAAAGUUGCAUUAACUUAUAGUGUAACAAUUACACCAACAUCUAUUGUAACAGAUACACCGACAUUUACUGCAACAGAUACACCGACAUCUACAGUUACAGUUACACCAACUUCUACUAGAACAGUUGCCACGACAUCUAGUGAAACAGUUACACCAUUAUCAAGUGUUACAGAUACACCGACAGCUAUUGUUACAGAUACACCAACAUCUACUGGAACAGUUGCACCGACAUCUAGUGUAACAGUUACACCAGUAUCUAGUGUUACAAAUACACCGACAUCAACUGACACAGAUACACCGAUAUCUAUUGAAACAGUUGCGGCAACAUCUAGUUUAAUAAAUACACCAAAAUCUACUGCAACACAUACACCUGUGUCAACUAAUACAAUUGCACCAACUUUAAAUGUAACAGAUACACCGACAUCUGCUCUAGAAGAUAGAUCUUUAAUUACAGUUCCACCAACAUCUAGUUCAACAGUUACACUAACAACUAGUGUAACAGAUACACCGACAUUUAUUGUUACAGAUACACCGGCAUCUACUGUAACAGAUACACCGACAUCAUCUGUAACAGGGACAGCAACAUCUAGUGUAACAGAUACACAAACAUCUAGUGUAACAGAUACACCAACAUCUAAUGUAACAGAUACACCGACAUCAACUGUAAAAGAUACACAGACACGUACUGUAACAUAUACACAAACAUCUACUGUAACAGAUAUGCUGACAUCUACUUUAACAGAUACACCGACAUCUAGUGUAACAGAUACACCGACAUCAACUUUAACAGAUACAUCGACAUCUAGUGUAACAGAUAAACCGACAUCAACUGUAACAGAUACACCAAAAUCUAGUGUAACAGAUACACCGACAAAAACUGUAACAUAUACAUUGACAUCUAGUGUAACAGAUACACCGACAUCAACUGUAACAUAUUCAGCAAAAUCUAGUGUAACAGAUACACCAACAUCUACGGUAACGGAAACACCGACACUAACUGUAGCAGAUACACCAACAUCUAGUGUAACAGAUAUAUCAACAUCAACUGUAACAUAUACACCGACACCUACUGUAACAGAUACACCGACAUCUAAAGAAACAGAUACACCCAUACCAACAGUAACAGAUACACCGACAUUAUCUGUAUCAGAUACACCGACACAGACGAUAACAGAUACACUGACAUCAACUGUAACAGAUAUAUCGACAUCAACUGUAACAUAUACACCGACACCUACUGUAACAAAUACACAAACAUCUAGUGUAACGGAUUCACCGAAAUCAACUGUAACAAAUACACCGACAUUAUCUGUAUCAGAUACACCGACACAGACUGUAACAGAUACACUGACAUCAACUGUAACAGAUACACAAACAUCUAAUGUAACAGAUACACUGACAUCUUCUGUAACAGUUACACCGACAUCUAGUUUAACAGAUACACCGACAUCAUCUGUAACAUAUACACCUACAUCUAGUGUAACAGAUACAUCGACAUCAACUGUAACAGAUACCCUGGCAACUACGGUUACAGAUACACCGACAUCUAGUGUAACAGAUACACCGACAUCAACUGUAACCGAUACAUCGACAUCUAGAGUAACAGAUACACCGACACCUAGUGUAACAGAUACACUGACAUCUAGUGUAACCGAUACACCGAAAUCUAGUGUUACAGAUACACCAACAUCAACUGUAACAGAUACACCAAAAUCUAGAGUAAAAGAUAUACAAACAUCUAGUGUAACAAACACGCUGACAUCUACUGUAACAGAUACACCGACAUCUAGUGUAACACAUACACCGACAUUUAGUGUAACAGAUACACUGACAUCUACUAGUGUAACAUAUACAACGACAUCUACUGUAACAGAUACACCGACUUCAACUGUAACAGACACACCGACAUCUUCUGUAACAGAUACACCGACAUCAACUGUAACAGAUACACGGCCAUCUACUGUGACAGAUACACCGACAUUUACUUUAACAAACAUUCCAACAUCUACAAGAACAGUUGCACCAAGUCAUAGUGUAACACUUACGUCAACAUCUAGUGUACCAGAUAGACCGACAUCUACUAAAACAGCUGCAUUAACUUCUAGUGUAACAGUUACACCAACAUCUAGUCUAUCAGAUACACCGACAUCUAUUAGAAGAGUUACACCAUAUAUUAGUGUAACACAUACACCGACAUCAACUGUAACAGAUACACCGAUAUCUAUUAGAUCAGUUGCAUUAACUUCUACUGUAACAGAUACAUCGACAGCUAUUGUAGCACAUAUACCAACAUCUAUUAGAACAGUUACAACGAUUUCUAGUGAACCAGAUAGACUGAAUUUAACUAGAACAUUUCCACUAACUUCUAGUGUAACUGAUACACCGACUUCUAGUUCAACAUCAAAUGUUACAAAUUCACCAACAUCAACUUUAACAGAUACAGUGAUAUCUACUAGAACAGUUGCAACAACAUCUAGUGUAACAGAUACAUCAACAUCUACUGUAACAGCUACACCGGCAUCUACAAGAAACGUUGAACUAACUUCUAGUGCAACUGAUACACCGACAUCUAGUGUAUUAGCUACACCAACAUUUAGUGUUACAGAUACACCGACAUUAAGUGUAACAGGUACAGCGACAUCUACUAAAACAGAUGCACCGACGUUUACAAGAUCCAUUGCAUUAACUUUUAGUGUAAUUGAUACACUGACAUCUACCUUAACAGAUACACCAAUAUCUUUAUUAACAGUUUCACCAACAUCUAGUGUCACAGUUACACAAACAUCUAGUAUAGUAGAUACACUGACAUCUACUGUAACAGAUACACAGACAUUAACUGUAACAGAUACACCGACAUCUACUGUAACAGAUACACCAACAUCUACUGUAACAGAUAAACCGACAUCUAGUGUUACAGAUACACCGACAUCAUCUGUAACAGAUGCAUCGACAUCUAGUGUAACAGAUACAACGACAUUAACUGUAACAAAUAUACCAAAAUCUAGUGUAACAGAUACAUCGACAUCAACUGAAACAGAUGCACAGACAUCUACUGUAACAGAUACACCGACAUCAUUUGUAACAGCUACACCAAAAUCUAGAGUAACAGAUACACAAACAUCUAGUGCAACAAAUACGCUGACAUCUACUGUAACAAAUACACCGACAUCUAGUGUAAAGGAAACACCGACAUCAACUGAAACAGAUACACCGACAUUUAGUCUAACAGAUACACUUACAUCUACUAGUGUAACAGAUACAACGACAUCUACUAUAACAGAUACACCGACAUCAACUGUAACAGAUACACGGCCAUCUACUUUGACAGAUACACCGACAUUUACUUUAACAGACAUUCCAACAUCUACAAUAACAGUUGCACCAAGUCAUAGUGUAACACUUACAUCAACAUAUAGUGUACCAGAUAGACCGACAUCUACUAAAACAGCUGCCUUAACUUCUAGUGUAACAGUUACACCAACAUCUAGUCUAUCAGAUACACCGACAUCUAUUAGAAGAGUUACACCAUAUUCUAGUGUAACACAUACACCGACAUCAACUGUAACAGAUACACCGAUAUCUACUAGGACAGUUGCAUCAACAUCUACUGCAACAGACACACUGAUAUCUAUUAGAACAGUUGCAUUAACUUCUACUGUAACAGAUACAUCGACAGCUACUGUAAUAGAUAUACCAACAUCUAUUAGAACAGUUACACCGAUUUCUAGUGAAACAGAUAGACUGAAUUUAACUAGAACAUUUCCACUAACUUCUAGUGUAACUGAUACAACGACUUCUAGUUCAACAGUUACACCAACAUCAAAUGUUACAAAUUCACCGGCAUCAACUGUAACAGAUACAGCGAUAUCUACUAUAACAGUUGCAACAACAUCUAGUGUAACAGAUACAUCAACAUCUACUGUAACAGAUACACCGACAUCUACUAGAAACGUUGUACUAACUUCUAGUGCAACUGAUACACCGACAUCUAGUGUAACAGUUACACCAACAUUUAGUGUUACAGAUACACCGACAUUAACUGUAACAGAUACAGCGACAUCUACUAAAACAGAUGCACCGACGUCUACAAGAACCAUUGCACUACCUUCUAGAGUAAUUGAUACACUGACAUCUACUGUUACAUAUACACAGACAUUUACUGUAACAGAUACACCGACAUCUAGUGUAACAUUAACACCGACAUCUACUGUAAAAGUUACACCAACAUCUAGUGUAACAUAUACGCUUAUAUCUACUAUAACUUAUACACCAACAUAUACUGAAACAGAUACACAGACAUCUUCUGUAACAGAUACACCGACAUAUUCUGAAACAGAUACACCAACAUCUAGUGUAACAGAUACACCGACAUCUACUGUGACAGAUACACCGACAUCUACUGUAACAGAUACACCAACAUUUACUGUUACAGACAUACCAACAUCUACAAGAGCAGUUGCAUUAACUUAUAAUGUAACACAUACAUCAACAUCUAGUGUAACAGAAACACCGACAUAUACUGCAAUGUAUAUACCAACAUCUACUAGAAUAGUUGUACCAACAUCUUCUAGCACAGUUGCACCAACUUCUAGUGUAACUGAUACACCGGUAUCUUCUGUAACAGACACACCGACAUCUAUGAUUACAAAUACACAAAGAUCUACAAGAACAGUUGCACCGACAUCAAGUGUUACAGUUACACUUACAUCACGUGUUGCUGAUACACCGACAUCAGCUGUAAAGGAUACACCGAUAUUUACUACAACAGUUGCACCAACGUCUAGUGCAACUGAUACACCGGAAUAUACCGUAACAGAUACACCAACAUCUUCUCUAAAUAUAAUAUCAAUUUCUACCGUCACAAUUACACCAACAUCUGUAACAGACACAUCAACAUUUUCAACAAAUAAACAAAUGGCUUCUAAAACAGAUACACCUAAUUUUACUGAUAAAAAUACACCAACAUCUGGUGUAAAAGAUGAAGCGAUAGCUGCUGAAAAAGAUAUAAUAAUACCUCUUAUAACAAGUAAUCAAUACCUCUUAUAACAAGUACAUCUACAGCUACUGUUACAGAUAUUAAUAAACCUAAAUCUGUUGUAACAGAAACCUCAACAUCGUCUAUAAUGUAUAAACCGACAUUUUCUGCAACAUAUACCGGUACCCUAUCUUCUUCUCUCAAAGGUUCAAAAGCAUCAAAUACAAAGCGCUCAUUGGCAUCUACAACAGAAGUUAAACAAACAAAGUACGAAUACAAGUUAAAUGGUGGUUAGAAAUUUGCUGAGACGGAUACAACACAAUCCAUUGUACUAUAUACUCGUACUAUGGCUGUCCCAUAAUGUCUUGAACAGUGGUUGUAGAAUAAAACUAUUACGUCAUAAAAUUAUUUUGCAGUACCGUAUUUCCAUUUAUUUUAAGUAAAAUAAGAAACAUUAUAUCAAGGAAUAUACAUACAUUUUAUAUUAAAGUAUUUAUAACGACCUAAGGCGAAUGUGCGACCCACGAUAAAAAUCGUCAUUUGACAAACGUAACACAUUCUCUUCAAAACAGAGUAAAUGGACAAUAAGGUAGAAAAGCUGCACAAUGUUAUGGCAUUGACAUUAACCUUUCGUUUUUUACGCUAUAUGGCGAAAUUUCAUCAUACAUGUAUACAGUGCAUCUUUAUCUUCAUGUAGUGCUCAUAUGAGUACAAUAAAAAAACAUUUGACGCUGAUGUGGCCCAGCAGAUGGUUAUCUUUUUUGCAUUUAGUGCUGAAUGACACUUACAGUCCUGUUAAAAAAAGUUAAAAACAGUGGAAAAGUUACAGAAUGCUUCGCGAUCGUUGUUAAAGAAAUUUCGUAAUAAAUAUGCAACAGGUGAUGAGAAAAUGAUAUGCCCGUG